AUGUCUCGGCUUGACUUUCCCACCAUUUUCUUACUCCCAACGCACAUUGAACCUCACAAGCUUCUAGAGCUCGAGAGUCAAAUUCCAUCGUUGACGUACAACAUCAGUGAGGCGGAGGUAAUUCUAGGCUGCAUCAGCAAGAGGCAACGGGCGAUAUUUGAGCUGAGACGACUCAAGCUCACCAUCAAGGAAUUGCCACUGCAGACAAACAGCAGCGGACUGCCACCAGCUAAGCGUCGAAAAAUAACCAACGACCGUGCAUCUAGCACGACUUCAGACAGUGAUGUCAACGAGAACUCUACAACUCAUGCCCAGCAAAAAGUUGCCAGUACCUCUAAUUCGACGACAGCAUCUUGGGAUCCUGGUUCUUAUGAUGCAACGGGUCAUGUCGUUAAAGUAGUCAAACUGGCCUGGUUUACGGAUUCAGUAGCGAAAGGGAUGGUUUUACCAGUGGAAGACUACACCAUCUACAAAGGCCUGAAGGAGGCACGGUCUAUGGAUAUCUCCACCCCUCCAAGGACAGUGGGUGUCCUCGAGCGUGCCCGAGACGACGAUGACACUUCUCCUGCAUCACAGCGUGUGACGCACCAUAGGCAGGCCGCCAGCACCCAACGCACAAGAACAUUGGUGCUAGAAAAUCGGCUAGCACUGAUACGGGAGACAACCUCCGAGCAUGACAUAGAUCGGAGUUUACUACCAAUCCCAGACUUUCUCCAUAGUAUGUACUCUUGUCAACGGUCAACUCCCAUCAACCCGCCAAACGACGCCUUCAUUGAGCAGCUUAAGAAGGUAAGAGUUCUGAGGACGCUGAACGCCGACAAGGUUGGCGUUCGCGCGUAUUCGACGAGCAUUGCCUCUCUUGCUGCCUAUCCACACCUGCUGGUCAACGCGUCAGAUGUUUCCCGGCUUCCUGGCUGCGGCCCCAAGAUUGCCGAGCUUUACCAGCAAUGGAAGAGUAGCGGCUCCUUGGCUGAAAUUGAAAAUGCGAACCAAGACCCUAGACUCUCGGUUCUCAAGCGUUUCUACGACAUUUGGGGCGUGGCGGAGACGACAGCCCAAGACUUCUACAACAGGGGCUGGCGAGAUUUGGAUGACAUUGUAGAGUACGGCUGGGAGAGCCUGACGAGAGUUCAGCAGAUCGGCGUCAAGUAUCACGACGAAUUCCUGUCUGGAAUCCCCCGUGCUGAGGUCGAGUCAAUAGCACAGAUGAUUCUUAAGCAAGCUAACAAAGUACGUCGGGGCUUCCAUAUGGUCAUCGUCGGUGGAUACAGGAGAGGCAAGCAGCAAUGUGGGGACGUGGACGUUUUGUUGAGCUGUCCUGACGCGUCAGCUACACAGGACGUCAUCGAGGAGAUUGUCGAAAGUCUCGAAACAGACAAGUACGUAACGCAUACCCUGUCACUCAGCACCAGGAACUCGGAACGCGGACAGGCACCACUGGCGUGGAAAGGGGAAGAUAGACAGGGCUCCGGGUUUGAUACCUUGGACAAGGCUAUGGUGGUGUGGCAGAAUCCCGAAUGGGACAGGGCGUCUGCUCCCAAGAAUCCAAACCCACACAGACGUGUCGACAUCAUCAUAAGUCCUUGGAAGACUGCCGGCUGCGCUGUCAUUGGUUGGAGUGGAGGCACCACUUUCGAACGGGAUCUAAGGAGAUAUUGCAAGAAAGAAAAGUCACUGAAGUUUGACAGCAGCGGCAUAAGAAAUAGGAUCGACGGCGCCUGGGUCGAUUUGGAACACGCUUCCAACGGAACACCAGCACCCGACAUGUAUACUGCCGAGAGGAGAGUCUUCGAAGGGCUUGGGUUAAAAUGGCGGCCUCCAGAAGAACGGAAUACGGGAUGA